AUGCUUCGCAACUUAGUCGUCAGGAAUGCGUGCAGAAACAGGCCGUCAAUUCAAGUGGCAAGGGGGUUAUGCCGACACCAAACAAGACGUCUCAUGGCGUCCUCCCCUCAGUUCGGUAGGAACUCCAAUCAGGAAAAAACAGCGGGCUUUAUAAUGGGGAUUCUUUCUAUGGCUGGUGCUUUAUAUUUUAUUGCUCCUAAUAGGAAGCCUCUUUUCGCCUCAAGGAAGGUAGAAUCCGAUAAAACCGCAGAGGAAGAGCUUUCCAGUGGUGGUGAGCAAUCACCAGAAAAUGAAGAUGACAACAACAGCAAAAGCGAUGAAAAUGGAGAUGACAACGACAGCAAAAACGAUGAAACUGAAGCUGGCCCUCAAUUAGGGGGUGAUAAAAUUGGUGCUUCAAAAGUAGCUGAAGAUGGUGAAUUGGUUGUUCUAGCAGAAGAAGACAACAAGUCUUCCGAAGAUAAAGAUACUGAUGAAUCAAAGGUAUCAACCAAAGAUGAUGAGCAAUCCAAUGAAGACAAUGCCACCGCUAACAAUCAAAAGGAUGAAAACAUAAGUUCUGAGAACUCGGAAGAAAAUACUAGUGACAAAACACUAGACAACAAUGCUGGAUCUUCUGAAAAAAAAGAUCCAGAACAUUCAGAUGAUGAAAAAUCGCAACAGGGACAAUCUGAUGACAAGACAACUACUGAAGAUAAUAAUGGAGAAGAAGAAUCCUCAAAAAAAACUGUAAGUGACUCGGAAAAUUCAGCUAAGCAAUCUGAAUCUAGCGAUGAAGAGAAAGAAGAACUAAGAAAACAAGAGGAAAAGCAAAUGGGUCCUACUGAAGAAGAGGUUCAACACGAAGGUGCUUAUAACCCAGACACUGGUGAGAUAAAUUGGGACUGUCCUUGCUUGGGAGGUAUGGCCCAUGGACCCUGUGGUGAAGAGUUCAAAUCUGCAUUUUCUUGCUUCGUCUAUUCUGAAGCUGAACCAAAAGGUAUCGACUGUGUUGAAAAGUUUCAACAUAUGCAAGACUGUUUCAGAAAAUACCCCGAGCAUUAUGCAGAACAACUAAAGGAAACAUCUGAUGAUGAGGAACCUCAAGACAAAGUAAAGGUCAACACAAUAGAAUCAGCGCCAAAUGUUUCAAGCGCAAAGGAAAAUGCUGCGAAAAAAGCAGAGCAAUCAGAUGUGAAAAAAGAACCAUUGAAUGAGGAAUCCAAACCUUAA